AUGGCCCCAGUUUCAGUCGUACCGGAACAAGGUCCUCUCCUGUUGGAUAUUAGCGAUGAGCAUUACAAUGAUGUUUUGGGCGAGACGAUCGAGGAAGAGGAUGUUUCCGGCUCUCAGCUGCCUGAUGCUACAGUUUCAUCCGACUCUUCGCGAGUACUCAUACAAAUAUGCAUCGUAACACUUUUGUUCGACUUCACCCAGUACUCAGUCUACGCUCCUUUGACGGAGGUCUUUGAGGAGAUCAUCUGCAACAAUUUUUAUCCAGCAGGCUCUCUUCAACGGGACUGUAAGUCCAUCCCGGUGCAGAGUGAACUCGCACUUGUAAAGGGAUACAAGGAUGCAUUCAACCAGAUACCAAGCAUCGUCCUCGGCAUCCCACUGGGCCUGUUGGCGGAUCGCAUUGGUCGUAAACCACUCAUAUUGUUAUUUCUGCUCGGCAUAUUCCUUAGCGAUACGUGGGUGAAGAUUGUGACCCUCUUCCCAAAUCAGCUUCCUUUGCGUCUGGUAUGGUUAGCACCAAUUCUGAAAGCCGUGGGAGGUGGCGCAAAUUUCGGUACGUCAAUGUUUUACACAGCAGUAGCCGACAUCGUCGAAGAGAAGCGUCGGGGUGAUGCCUUCAUGAAACUGUCCGCCAUGGAAAUGAUCGUGCUAGUUGCCGGCGCCCCAUUAAUAUCAAUUCUUAUGAGAAUUAAUGCUUGGUAUCCCCUUGGGCUCUCCUCUGUACUCCUCGUCGUGGCGGGUCUCCUCGCCAUGGCGCUUCCAGAGACGCAUCCACAGCACCGGAGAGCCAGCCUUGAAUUGCCGGAUCCAGUGCAAGCACAAGCCUCCGUCUCCGGCAACAAUGAAGAGACUCAGCAGUUGGAUUCUCAUCUUGAAACGGUGCGGAAGCUGAUGCCUCGCGCUUACGCAAGCUCAGCAGAUUUGUUGAAAAAUCCAGGCAUUAUUCUGUCGCUUGCUGUGUUUCUUCUCGCCGCGUUUGGAGCGCACGUGUGGGCAUUGCUAUUGCAGUAUGUUUCUCAUAAAUUCGAAUGGGAAUUCAGCACGGCAAACCUACUAUUUUCCCUCCGUGGCGCUAUCACUCUCCUGCUCUCCCUGAUCAUCAUGGGGGCAAUUGACAAAUUUAUGCAGCAGAAGCUUGGCAUAAAGUCUGCUCAGAAAGAUCUGUGGCUCUGCACAGGAAGUUGCAUCUUGAUCGCCGUCGGAGUUGCCGUGGUUGGAGUAUCUCAGAGCCCGAUUCUUAUGGUCGCAGGCGUCGUUGUUUCAGCGCUGGGGUCUUCGCUUCUGGUUUCUUUGCGAUCUGCUAUGAUUUCUCUGUUCCCGCAUACUCCAAUGGCAUCGCUGAACGCUGUUGCUGGCAUGGCACAAAGCCUUGGUAUACUCAUCUCAGGCCCAGUCCUGGCGGCAACGUAUAGCUGGGGGCUCUCUCAGGGUGGUAUCUGGGUCGGGGCCCCGUUCUUACUUGCGAGCGGCUUGCACUUCAUAGCGCUUGCUGACAUAUUCUAUCUACGCCUCACUAGAGCUCCAUCGCAAGUUGUUAUUGCACACGAGAGCUCAGAGGCGUGA